AUGUCUGAUGAUGACGAUGAUGGAAAGCUCGCUACUAUUACUAUAUUGGCACUUUUGUGCGUAUGCUGCAUGGGCUGCUGUUUAUGUUUUUGUUGCAAAGUAAAAAGCGAUACCCAAAGGGAAGUCAGAUUAUUUAGAAGACUAUUAUUAGGAAUUAUAAGUAACCAUAUGUAUGCUGUAGUCCCUGAACAUAUAUCAGUUCAUGAAAUUGACUUAGAAUCAUUUUUCCCAAGGUUUCAAUUCGGAAAUGAUCUUAGUGUAAAAAAUGAAGUUGCAUGCUGCAUUUGCUUUGAAGAGUAAAAUUAAUUUAGAUUCAAUUCAAACUCAUAUGCAAGAAAGCUUCUAUGCGGCCAUGUUUUUCAUGAUAGCUGUAUAGAUGAAUGGUUUAAGCGACAGCCAGAGCCUCGUUGUCCUUUAUGCAAGUCAGAUCCUUUUUUAUCGCCAAAGAAGCCGAAUUCUGAAGUCCCUGAAGUUAAAAAGCCAAGGGUAAAGAGAAGAGGAGAAACUCUGAAGCCUCCUAAUAUCGUUUUUGUUCCUCCUGAAACUGAGGAAAGUGGUAUGCAUUCAUUUAGCUCUCCGUAA